AUGGCGGGGCAAGGUGGGGUCCAUCUCUCCGCAAACUCCCACGACUGCUCCGACUUCGUCCGCAUGACCUCCUGCUCCGGACCCGGCCAACAACGUCUCUCCUCAAGUUGCUCUCCUCAACGGCGAAUCCAGGACAAGCAGCCGAGCGUGGCGAACGGACAGCGCGGCUGCUUUGCUCGACUUGAUGUCUGGGCCAGUAGUGCGGCGAAGCAUCACCUCAAGGCCGAACCUUUCAUCCUGCAAGGACAGACAGAGCCACGCAUCAUCGCUGGGACUCCACGCAUCGAAGCCGAGUCGCAUCCAAUGGGCCGUUAG